UUAAACACACAGUUGUUUUGUUAAGUUAACUGGAUGACAGCAGUUCAAUGAUAAACAUUCGUUAAUCUUACUACAAAAACAAUAUUGUUUAUCUUCCACACAAAAGAAACAAUGAGUACGAAUAAAAUAACAAUAGAAGGAAAUUCAAUAGAUGUGGUCACCGCCGAUUUUAGCCGUGACAGUGUAGAGCAGUCCGUUGUAGAGCCACAUCAUCUAAAAACGGAAGUGCCGAUACUUCCAAUAGUUGAAAAAAACUCAACUGUUUCCGGCGCUGACGAAAACAUUUCAAGUUCAAAAUUUGAACAAUCAAAGCAAAUGGAUCAGAUAGCAGGGAAAUCGUCACAAAACGUACUUUUAUAUAAGGACGAACCAACAGAUAUUGAAAUGGAUUUAGCUGAGGACUUUACAAAAAAUGCUGCAGAAACAUCUAUAAAUAAAAAAAUUAAACAAGAGACUUCCUACCAAGAGCAAAUUGCUGUUGAACAAGCUGUAGAAUCACAGGCAGUUUUGCAAAUAGCUAAUAGUUCUUUAUCGCUUUUGUCGCAAUACAUUAGUUCUGACUCAGAGUCAAACAUUACGGAUUCAGAAGAAGAAUUGCCCAAAACAACAACUCAACCAAUAAAACGUGAAUUAGAAUCUGAAGAUUCCGACGACAGUGUCGAAGUUGUGGAGAAUACGUUGAAUUAUCGCAACCAUCCAGAUGCUAUUCUUGUUAGUGAUGUUGAGACUGUUCCCAGUGAAAAAGAUAAUCAAUCAGACGACGAUCUCUUCUCCUCAGAGGAAGAUUCUCCUCCGCCUGUUCCGGUGAAAGGAAAGGGAGAAACGCUGAUUCACGAGCUUCCACCGAUUGAAGAGCUUCAGAUAUCUGUCCCCGAGUCGCAAUGUAAAUCAAUUGGGUACGUUCAAUCAAUAGUGGCUCAAAUUGUUAUCGUUCAAUCCCUCGCUGGAGUUGAGCUACUUAAUAUAGACACCGUUCUUUUCCUGGAAAAAGGUAAAAGAUCACUAGGAAAAAUCUUCGACGUAAUCGGUCAAGUUGCUUCCCCAAUGUAUUGUGUUCUUUUCAAUUCUCGCCAAGAGGUUAUCGAUAAGGGAAUAACAGUCGGAGCGCCUGUGUUCUGUGCGCCACAAACGGAACACACUCAAUUCAUUAUUCUGUCUGAGUUGAUGAAGCACAAAGGAUCAGAUGCCAGCUGGCUGGAUGAUGCUGAAGCUCCUGAUUAUGCACUGGAUUAUUCCGACGAUGAGCAGGAACGAAGGGCAAGAACUCGCAGAAAGAGUCACACAUCGUCUACUGGUAGACAAACCCCCGACGGAGAGCAACAACAACAUCGCCCAUACUACAGAAGGGGAAGAGGUCGCGGGUAUAUCCGUAACCGGGGUGGGCAAAGCGGACAUAGCUGGCAUCAUAACAUUGGCCAACCAAAUUAUACGCAGCGGGUUAUAAAUCCCUUUGCGUACGCUCUCAACUCAGCCGGAAUGUUACCGCCACCACCACCACCUCCACCACCUCCCGCCGAAUAACUAGUUUAACUCUAAGUCAUUCUGUUAAAUGCAGUGUUUAGUGGUCUCCCAAAAUGAAGCUCAGUUUUUUUUUCAAAGUCACCACGUUAAAAUUCAUAACAUCAAAUUAAAAUUGAGCCAUUAAUGGCGAAAUUGUUUUUGGGGUAGCCCUAAAAACAUAAACAUCAUACUUUUUUUUAUAAAAGUAAGCAUACUUUAGAUAUUUUAUCAA